AUGAAAGGAAAAAUAAUUGUCUCUGUUGUUUCUCUCAUCCUCGUGGUAGGUGUUGCUAUUGGAGUUGUUGUUGCCGUUCACAAGAAGAAUGAUGACCCUGAGGUUCAAGCUCAACAGAGGUCUCUGAGUGUUAUAUGCCAAAACGCAGAGGACAAAAAGCUCUGCCAUGAAACUCUUAAAUCCGUGACAGGGAUUGAAGCCGCAGACCCAAAGGCUUACAUAGCGGCAGCUGUGAAAGCAACCACUGACAGUGUCAUCAAGGCCCUUAACAUGAGUGAUAGGCUCACAACUGAGCAUGGAAACAAGGACAAUGGCAUUAAAAUGGCCCUUGAUGAUUGCAAGGACCUUUUGCAAUUCGCCAUGGACAGUCUCCAACUCUCCAUGAAUUUGGUGAAAGAAAACAACAUUCAAUCCGUGCAUAACCAAACCCCUGAUUUCAGGAACUGGUUGAGUGCUGUUAUCUCAUACCAACAAACAUGCAUGGAUGGUUUUGACGAUGACAAAGACGGUGAGAAAAAGAUCAAGGAACAGUUGAACGAGCAGAGUUUGGACCAAGUUGGUAAGAUCACUGGCGUCACCCUUGACAUCGUGAGUGGUUUGUCCAACAUCCUCGAACAAUUCAACUUGAAGUUCGAUAUUAAACCUGCCUCUCGUCGUCUUCUCGAGGUUGAUAGCCAAGGUUUCCCAACAUGGUUCUCUGCUGCUGAUCGCAAACUCUUGGCUAAGAUGAACGGCAGAGGUUGGAGAUCACGUGUCAAGCCAAAUGUUGUUGUUGCCAAGGAUGGUAGUGGUCAAUUCAGAACCGUCAAGGAUGCUAUUGCCUCGUACCCUAACGGCUUCAAAGGUAGAUACACUAUCUACGUUAAGGCUGGUGUCUAUGAUGAGUACAUCACCGUUCCCAAGGAAGCUGUUAAUCUUCUCAUGUAUGGUGAUGGCCCUCAAAGAACCAUUAUCACCGGUCACAAGAACUUCCGUGAUGGUACCAAGACCAUGCAAACCGCCACCUUCGCCAACACUGCUAAUGGAUUCAUUGCAAAGGCAAUGACAUUCGAGAACACAGCUGGUCCUGAUGGUCAUCAAGCUGUGGCACUUAGAAACCAGGGAGAUAUGUCAGCUUUCGUUGGUUGCCAUAUAUUGGGUUACCAAGACACCUUGUACGUUCAGACCAACAGGCAAUUCUACCGCAACUGUGUGAUCUCUGGCACCAUUGACUUCAUCUUUGGCACAUCCCCAGCCUUGAUCCAACACUCAGUCAUCAUUGUGAGGAAGCCAAAUGACAACCAAUUCAACACAGUUACCGCUGAUGGUACAUCUCAGAAGAACAUGGGCACAGGUAUUGUUAUCCAGAAUAGUGACAUUGUCCCAGAACAAGCAUUGUUCCCAGUGAGGUUCAAGAUCAAUUCCUACUUGGGAAGGCCAUGGAAGCAAUUCUCAAGGACAGUUGUUAUGGAAUGCAAUUUGGGUGACUUUAUUCAUCCAGAGGGAUGGUUUCCAUGGGCAGGGUCAAGUUUCCUUGACACCUUGUACUAUGCUGAGUACAAUAACGCUGGACCUGGUGCCAAUGUUCAGAGAAGGAUCAAGUGGAAGGGUUACCGUGGCCUCAUUAGCAAGGCUGAAGCUACCCAAUUCACCGCUGGUGAAUUCCUCAAGGCUGGACCUCGCUCCGGAACUGAUUGGUUGAAGGCUCUUCAUGUUCCUCAUAACCUUGGCUUCACAAAAGCUUAA